CCCUCGGCAAAGAAGUAAUACCAAUCGACUAUCCAGAUGUCAACACUAUUUGUACCGUCGACUGUCCGGCUGGAGAGACCAACUUCAACCUCAAUGGCAGCCUUUAUUACAUCCCUCUUCGACGACAAUGGGGACAUCAACAACAUCGAUCAAAACAACUGAUUUUGGAUCCCGAAACAUUCAGUUUUUGGCCCGAUCUUGGAUUCGACUUAUGGAUACUCGGCAAACUUCUUCAAGGAGGACCAAUUUUUCUUGGCAUUAUAAUGUCAAUUGGACUUGCUUUACUCGCCGUAUACCUCUUCAUGCGACUAUCGCCAAUAUUCCGAAUUUAUCGACAAAUGGCCAGAACAAUUACCAUCUUUGCAAUUUUGGCACAAGUUCAAGCAGUCAAUAUAACAACAAUCGACAAACUCGAACGAAUUUCGUCUGCGCCUAUAUCGCCGAAACAUACAUUUGGAUGGAAUCUCUUUGGAAUCGCCUUCGUUUCGACUAG